UCCCGCAGACGAGAGCGCUGGCGGAACGAUACGAGAUCUGAAACUGCGGCUGGAUUUUCCUUUCGUGUCGCACUAAUUGAAUGCGAACAUGUCCUAUUUUGAUGAAAGUAGAAAUGGGCCAAAUGACUGGGAGGGUGACGUAAAGCGCCAGGACCAGGAAUACGAUGGCCCAGCCGGAAUGGACCCCGAUGGUAUCAUCGAGAGCAACUGGGAGGAGAUCAUCGAUAAUUUCGAUGACAUGAACCUUCGGGAGGAGCUCCUUCGUGGUAUCUAUGCCUAUGGUUUUGAGAAACCUUCUGCCAUCCAGCAGAGAGCUAUUAUACCAUGCAUCAAGGGCAUGGACGUGAUCGCCCAGGCCCAGUCGGGUACAGGCAAGACAGCCACGUUUUCUAUUGCCAUCCUGCAGCAAAUUGACACAAACCUGAAGGAAUGCCAGGCGCUUAUCUUGGCCCCAACACGGGAGCUUGCCCAGCAGAUUCAGAAGGUGGUCAUAGCCCUGGGGGACUACAUGAGCGCCCAGUGCCACGCCUGCAUUGGGGGCACCAACGUGCGCGAAGACAUCCGCAGGCUGGAGAAGGGGGUCCACGUCGUGGUUGGCACCCCGGGACGAGUCUUUGACAUGAUCAGUCGCAAGGCCCUGCGAACAAACAGCAUCCGUAUCUUUGUCCUGGACGAGGCAGACGAGAUGCUCUCUCGGGGUUUCAAGGACCAGAUCUACGACGUAUUUCGAACGCUCAAUGCCAACAUCCAGGUUAUCCUGCUGUCGGCCACCAUGCCGUCAGACGUCUUGGAUGUUACAAAGUGUUUCAUGAGGAAUCCGAUCCGCAUCCUGGUCAAGAAGGAGGAGCUCACGCUGGAAGGUAUCAAGCAGUUCUACGUCGCUGUAGACCGAGAGGAGUGGAAACUGGACACGCUAUGUGACCUGUACGAGACACUGACCAUCACUCAGGCAGUGAUCUUCUGCAACACGAGGCGGAAAGUGGACUGGCUGACGGAAAAGAUGCACGAGCGAGACUUCACAGUGUCAGCCCUGCACGGCGAUAUGGGACAGAAGGAGCGUGACGUCAUCAUGAGGGAGUUCCGAUCGGGCUCCAGUCGGGUGCUCAUCACCACUGACCUGCUGGCUCGGGGCAUUGACGUACAGCAGGUGUCUCUCGUCAUCAACUUCGACCUGCCCACAAACCGGGAAAACUACAUUCACAGAAUUGGUCGAGGUGGGCGAUUCGGUCGCAAAGGGGUGGCCAUCAACUUUGUCACGGAGGACGACAAGCGUACCCUGAAGGACAUUGAGGGCUUCUACAACACCGAGAUCGAGGAGAUGCCCAUGAACGUGGCCGACCUCAUCUAAAUGGGGGAAGGAGGACAGGCACGCUAGAGGGUUCUCUCGGUCCCUCCCGCCUCGCCUUUCUUCUGUAAAGGGUGCCGGGAGUAAAAAAAAAAAGCCUUUGAAGAAAUGCGAAAACAGAAAAAUGGUGACUAAAAAUUGCAAAAACGAAGAAAAUUUGGAAAGCGAGGAACUUUUUUCUUUUUUUUUUAUAUAAAAGAGGGCCCCUCAUAAGGACACACACACUGGCCACCCCCCUAGUGGAUGUUAUAAAUAAAUGAAAGCUGUGAAAAAGAGUGA